AUGGCGGCUCCCCAGCAACCGCUCAACUUCACCGAUGUCUUCGACGAUGAUGACUUGGAUGAGCCCAAGUCGGUGCACCGCAUCCGCGCCAACUCGACCAUCAUGAAUCUGAAAAAGAUUCUCGUCGCCAACCGUGGUGAAAUACCUAUACGGGCUCACGAGCUAUCCCUGCACACCAUUGCCGUCUUCAGUUAUGAGGACCGUCUGAGCAUGCACCGGCAGAAGGCCGACGAAGCCUACGUCAUCGGAAAGCGUGGCCAGUACACUCCUGUUGGCGCCUAUCUUGCUGGUGACGAGAUCAUCAAGAUUGCCGUCGAGCACGGCGCUCAACUGAUCCACCCGGGCUACGGUUUCCUGUCCGAAAACGCCGAGUUUGCCCGCAACGUGGAAAACGCUGGCCUUAUUUUUGUCGGUCCUAGCCCCGAAGUCAUCGAAGCUCUCGGCGACAAGGUGUCCGCCCGUAAGCUGGCCAUUGCUGCCGGUGUCCCCGUCGUCCCCGGUACCGAGGGUGCGGUUGCCACCUAUGAGGAGGUCAAAACCUUCACCGACAAGUAUGGCUUCCCCAUCAUCAUCAAGGCUGCCUACGGCGGUGGCGGCCGAGGCAUGCGAGUUGUUCGUGACUCGGCCACCUUGAAGGAGAGCUUUGAGCGAGCCACGUCGGAGGCCAAGUCUGCCUUCGGCAACGGCACCGUCUUCGUCGAGCGCUUCCUCGACAAGCCCAAGCACAUCGAGGUCCAGCUGCUCGGAGACAACCAUGGCAACAUUGUGCACCUGUACGAGCGUGACUGCUCCGUCCAGCGCCGGCACCAAAAGGUCGUCGAGAUCGCUCCGGCCAAGGACCUGCCGACCGAGACGCGCGAUGCCAUCUUGGCCGACGCCGUCAAGCUGGCCAAGUCGGUCAACUACCGCAAUGCAGGCACUGCGGAGUUCUUGGUCGACCAGCAGAACCGCUACUACUUCAUCGAGAUCAACCCUCGCAUCCAGGUCGAGCACACCAUCACCGAAGAGAUCACCGGCAUCGACAUCGUCGCUGCCCAGAUUCAGAUUGCCGCCGGGGCCACGCUGGCUCAGCUCGGCCUGACCCAGGACCGCAUCUCCACCCGUGGUUUCGCCAUCCAGUGUCGAAUCACCACCGAGGACCCCGCCGAGUCAUUCCGACCCGACACUGGCAAGAUCGAGGUCUACCGGUCCGCAGGCGGCAACGGCGUCCGACUCGACGGCGGCAACGGCUUUGCCGGCGCCGUCAUCACGCCGCACUACGACUCCAUGCUGGUCAAGUGCACCUGCCACGGCUCGACGUACGAGAUCGCUCGCAGGAAGGUUCUCCGAGCCUUGAUCGAAUUCCGCGUUCGAGGCGUCAAGACCAACAUUCCCUUCCUCGCCUCCCUGCUGACCCACCCCACUUUCAUUGAUGGAACUUGCUGGACGACCUUCAUCGACGACACGCCCCAGCUAUUCGACCUUGUCGGCAGCCAAAACCGCGCCCAGAAGUUGCUCGCUUACCUGGGAGACGUCGCCGUCAACGGCAGCUCCAUCAAGGGCCAGAUCGGCGAGCCCAAGUUCAAGGGCGAGAUCAUCCCGCCCGUGCUGUUCUCUGCCGACGGCGGGAAGGUCGACGUCAGCCAGCCCUGCCAGGAGGGAUGGCGAAAGGUGCUCCUCGAGAAGGGCCCCAAGGCCUUUGCCAAGGCCGUUCGCGGCUACAAGGGCUGCCUCCUCAUGGACACCACCUGGCGCGACGCCCACCAGUCGCUCCUGGCCACGCGCGUUCGAACCGUCGACCUCCUCAACGUCGCCAAGGAGACGAGCUUCGCCCUCUCCAACCUGUACAGCUUGGAGUGCUGGGGCGGUGCCACCUUCGACGUCGCCAUGCGCUUCCUUUACGAAGACCCAUGGGACCGUCUCCGUCGCAUGCGAAAGCUCGUGCCCAACAUUCCCUUCCAGAUGCUUCUCCGCGGCGCCAAUGGUGUCGCCUACUCGUCGCUGCCCGACAACGCCAUCUAUCAUUUCGUCGACCAGGCGAAGAAGAAUGGCGUCGACAUCUUCCGUGUCUUUGACGCUCUCAACGACAUCAACCAGCUCGAGGUGGGCAUCAACGCCGUCCACAAGGCCGGCGGUGUCGUCGAGGGUACCGUCUGCUACAGCGGCGACAUGCUCAACCCUCGCAAGAAGUACAACUUGGACUACUACCUGGAGCUCGUCGACAAGCUGGUGGCCCUUGACAUACACGUCUUGGGCAUCAAGGACAUGGCCGGUGUGCUCAAGCCCCACGCCGCCACCCUUCUGGUCGGCGCCAUCCGGAAGAAGUACCCUGACCUGCCCAUCCACGUGCACACGCACGACUCGGCGGGUACCGGCGUCGCGUCCAUGGUUGCUUGCGCCAAGGCCGGUGCCGACGUCGUCGAUGCCGCGACGGACAGCUUGUCCGGCAUGACGUCGCAGCCGAGCAUCAACGCCAUCCUGGCCUCCCUCGAGGGCAGCGACCUCGACCCCGGCCUCGACCCGAAGCAAGUGCGGGCUCUCGACGUCUACUGGUCUCAGCUCCGUCUGCUCUAUUCCCCCUUCGAGGCCCACCUUGCCGGUCCCGACCCCGAGGUGUACGAGCACGAGAUUCCCGGCGGUCAGCUGACCAACAUGAUGUUCCAGGCCUCGCAGCUCGGCCUCGGCUCCCAGUGGCUCGAGACGAAGAAAGCGUACGAGCACGCGAACGACCUUCUCGGCGACAUCGUCAAGGUCACGCCCACGUCCAAGGUCGUCGGCGAUCUCGCCCAGUUCAUGGUGUCCAACAAGCUUUCGGCGGAGGACGUCAAGGUUCGCGCCUCGGAGCUCGACUUCCCCGGGUCGGUGCUCGAGUUCCUCGAGGGCCUCAUGGGCCAGCCGUACGGCGGCUUCCCCGAGCCGCUCCGUUCCGACGCCCUGCGCGGGCGCCGGAAGCUCGACAAGCGACCCGGCCUGAUCCUCGAGCCCGUCGACUUCGUCAAGGUCAAGAAGGACCUGGUCAAGAAGUACGGCGGCCCCGUCACCGAGUGUGACGUCGCGUCGUACGUCAUGUACCCGAAGGUGUUUGAGGACUACAAGAAGUUCACCCAUCAGUACGGCGACCUCUCGGUCCUGCCGACGAGGUAUCUGCUGGCGAGACCCGAGAUUGGCGAGGAGUUCCACGUCGAGCUGGAGAAGGGCAAGGUUCUCAUCCUGAAGCUCCUCGCCGUUGGACCGCUUAGUGAGCAGACAGGCCAGCGGGAGGUCUUCUUCGAGAUGAACGGCGAAGUCCGACAGGUGACGGUCAUGGACAAGAAUGCGGCGGUCGAGAACAUCCGCAGACCCAAGGCCGACGUCGGGGACUCGAGCCAGGUUGGCGCGCCCAUGUCCGGCGUGCUCGUCGAGCUGAGAGUGCACGAAGGUUCGGAUGUCAAGAAGGGUGACCCCAUCGCGGUCCUGUCGGCCAUGAAGAUGGAAAUGGUGAUAUCGGCGCCCCACAGCGGCAAGGUGUCCAGCUUACAGGUCAAGGAGGGCGACUCGGUCGACGGGUCCGACCUCGUCUGCAAGAUUGUGAAGGCCUAG